AUGGCCUACUACGACAUCGACGAGAUCCUGACCGACGCCCAGAAACUGCCCUGCACCUUCGAGCUCGACGUGCCCGGCCUGGGCUUCCUCGACGGCAAUGUCGGCGAGGACAUCAAAGCCGGCACGCGCCUGGAGGCUCCCGCCUGGCUGGCCAUCAUGCUGGCCCUGGGAACGAGCGCCGGCAACGCCGCGCUGAUCAACCUCGACGUGCCCCAGGCGCUGUCCGAGCCCGUGCUGAACGCGCUCAAGGCCGACCCGCGCUCCGUCGACGUGCGCUCGCUGGCCGCCCACUUCUACCGCCUGGCCGUCAAGACCCUGCAGGUCUUCGACGAGGACGAGAUGGUCGACCUGCUCAGCGAUACGUUCAAGAAACGCGCCGUGCAGAUUGCCGACCACGCGCAUAAUCCCACCGGCGCCCUGGGCGGCGGCGUGGAGUUCCUGCGCGGCCUGGAUGAAACAGAGCGACUCUUGUUCCGCGCCGUCCACGACAGCGCCAAGGAAGUGCGCGUGUGGACCGGCGAGACCGCGAAGAAAUGA